AUGCAUUUCCUGAACGCCUCCGGGGGCGUCCGCUUCCUCCUCGUUCCCUACUUUGGCUAUACGCAGCUCACACCCGCCACCGUCGCCGUCCCGCUCCUCGUCGUCGCGCUGCUGCUCGUAUGGCUGAGGGCCGUCGCAAUAGGCGGCCGCCGCGCUCGUGGCUGCGCCGCCGCCAGCCCAGUUAUUCUCGCGCUCGCCACGCACCAGCUCUUUGCGAUCGCCAAGCGCCGCCUUAUUCCUCAGCUGACCGAGCGGCUCUGCCGGCAAUCCUACUCGUACACGGCGAACGGCUCUUCGCCGUGGGCGAAGAGCGAGAUGUUCCGCCGGCAGGUUCUCACGCCCGAAGAGGCAGCCGCGAUCGUGGCGUCCGUCCCGGCGGACAGACUCAUCCACAUUUCAGAUACGGCGGGGCCGCUGCCCUUCUUCACGGUGGGGCCGUACUGGGCGUACCACAAGAACAAGACGGGCGGCGCGCCGCCGCUCACCUCUCGCACCUCCUACGAGCGGGCGAUGGAGACGGAGCGGGAAUACCUGAAGGCCGCCUUUGGAGGGCUGCUCGAGGACGUGCGGGACAUCCUGGAGCAGUCGCUGAGGGACGGGCCAGUCCGCUUCGCCCCCGGCCUCUCCCUGCCGGGCUUCCACUACAUCUACUCGCACGCAGCGUGGCAGCACGUCGACGACGAGUGGAACAGCAUGACGGCCAACGGGACGGGCGGGCUGAGCGAGCAGCUCCCCUGGCUGGCCGAGUGCGAGAGCAGGUCCCGCAUCUCCUUCACGCUGCCGCUGGCGCUGCCGCCCUCGGACCAGGGCGAGGCGGGCCUCAACUACGUCGCCUUCCGCAGCAAGAGGCAGGGCUGCGCGGACCACGUAGGGGACGAGUGGGCGUGGUGCGCCGACACGUGCGCCGUGAUGCGGCGAGAGGUGUACAAGGUGGGCGAGUGGGGCGGCUGGCGGCCCACGUGGGACCUGCGCGCGCGGCGCGUCACAAUGCAGGGGUUUGGGAUCCGGUGCGGCGAAGCGUGGUACCUCUAUUGGUGA